AUGUUCCCUAUACUGAGUCAGUUCUUGAAUUCUGGUCAACAAACAAUCCGAGCCGCGAGGUACAUUGGUCAAGGUUUCAUGAUUACCUUGUCCCACGCAAAUCGUUUACCUGUAACUAUUCAAUAUCCCUACGAAAAAUUGAUCACAUCAGACCGUUUCCGGGGCCGAAUUCACUUUGAAUUUGAUAAAUGCAUUGCUUGUGAGGUAUGUGUUCGUGUAUGUCCUAUAGAUCUACCUGUUGUAGAUUGGAAAUUGGAAAUUAAUAUUCGAAAGAAACGAUUGCUUAAUUACAGUAUUGAUUUUGGAAUCUGUAUAUUUUGUGGUAAUUGCGUUGAAUAUUGUCCAACAAAUUGUUUAUCGAUGACUGAAGAAUAUGAACUUUCUACUUAUGAUCGUCACGAAUUGAAUUAUAAUCAAAUUGCUCUAGGUCGGUUACCGGUGUCAAUAAUUGACGAUUACACAAUUCGAACAAUUUCUUCGAAUUCACCUCAAAUAAAAAAUGUAUAA